CUUGACAGAGAUGGCGUUCGCGGUGGCUGUCCCACGCCCGAGACCCAUCCUCCGUCUGGACCGUCUCCACCUCACCCCCAUCCGCGCCGCCGCGGCGAGGACCCCCGUUCCCCAGCCCCUCCCCGACGAGCUUCAGCUCGUCGCCGACGUUCGCUCCCCGCAUAACCACAUCCGCGUCGCUGACGUCUCCCCGCGCGCUGCCGGUCACCCCCUCGCCGGCGCGCGCCUCCUCCUCCUCGACGGCCCCGGCAACAUCCACUCCGUCUUCUUCCCUUGUCGCCCCUACUGCCCCCUCACUUCCACCUACUUCGACGUCUUCACCACCCUCCCGCCUCUCCUCCCGCGCCCAUCCAUCGCCGUCUUCGGCUUCGGCGCAGGCUCCGCCGCGCGCUCCCUCCUCCAUUUCUACCCAGACAUAUCCGUCCAUGGCUGGGAACUCGACCCCUCUGUUAUCGCCGUCGCCCGGGACUUCUUCAGUCUCGGGGAGCUCGAAAAGGACCACGCCGGCAGGCUGUUCAUCCACGUCGGCGACGCGCUGGAGGCUGAGGCCGUGCCGGGAGGGUUCGGCGGCGUGCUGGUGGAUCUGUUCGCCAACGGGAGCGUGCUGCCGGAGCUCCAAAACGCGGACACCUGGCGCCAGAUAGGCGGGAUGGUGGCGCCGGGAGGGAGGAUGAUGGUGAACUGCGGCGGGGGCUGCGUGGAGGCGGAGGAGGAGGGGAGAGACGGCGAGGCAGUGAAGGAUGCGACGCUGCGGGCGAUGGCGGCAGCGUUCGGGGAGGGAAUGGUAGCGGUGCUGAGCGUGGAUGAAAGUUGGGUGGCGAUGACAGGGCCGGUGGCGUGGGCAUCGGAGGAGGCGGCGGCGUGGAAGGCUAGGCUGCCGCCGGAGCUGGGCCACUAUAUUGACAUGUGGAAGCUGUACAACGACAAUGGUGAUGCAUGAAUAGAUGGGGAUUAUGCAGAGGUUCUUUAUGCAAGAAUGCAGAGUGAUUUCUGUAAGUUAGCGCAGCACAUUGCCGAAUUCUUCUUGUCCCUAUACAUUCUUGGAAUUCAUUGACUAGUGACUAACAGGGCAUGCCAACUAGAGUAAAUUGAAACUAUAUCUAAGCUAUUUAAAAUGUAAUUGUCACAAAAUGAGUUGUCGAAAUCUAUGACAAAUUGUUUUUC